GUUCAUGGGACUUUUGUACACAAUCAUGACGUUACUGCAGAUAGUUUUGCUGCGCUUCCUUCUUCUCGUGGAUUAGACGACGCUCGCAUAGAGGCCCGCGUUGAAGGAAUGCUAGCUGUUGGCUCAAAGAGGUCGAAAAUCUACGACUACCUUCUAUCGCAUGGCCAAAAUGUUGUGAAGUCUGACGUGGACAACAUGGUGCGGAAUCACGUUGCUUCGCUUACGUCUACCGAUGAUAACGAGCGGACUGCCGUGGAGGUCGCUGGUUUUGCAUCCGCAGAUGCAGGUAACGUGGUAACAGUUGACGAGACGGCCGCCGGCGAGACGGGUGUAAUUUCUCUGUCAUCCUCUUUCAUGCGGCGUAUGUACGCUCGUUUCAGCGAGUUGCUUCUGAUAGAUUGCAGUCAUAAAACAAACCGGUACGUU